GCCCGCCCCCCUCGGCGCCCAUAAAGGGCUCGGGGUGUCCCGGGGCCGCUCAGCCCGGGGGCCGCUGCCGCGCUGCGAGGAAGGGUGAGGAUGGGUCCCGCUGCCUUCCUGGGGCUCUGCCUGCUGGGGUGCCUGGUGCUGCCCCCCUCCCUGCCGGGGGCUCAGGCCACCAGGUGUCCCCGGGGGUGGCUGUCCUUCGAGGGACACUGCUACGGCUACAUCGGGCAGCAGCUGAGCUGGAGGAGGGCUGAGGCGUGGUGCCAGGCCACCCGCGGGGGGCACCUGGCGUCGCUGCACAGCCCCGAGGAGCACCGGGCGCUCGCCGCCUUCCUGGCGCGGCGGCCGCGGCGCGGAGAGGACGACGAGGAGGAGAAGGAGAGGGAGAGGGAGAGGGAGAAGGGGGAGAGCGUCUGGAUCGGGCUGCACCGGCGGCGCCAGGGCUGGCUCUGGGCUGACGGGUCCCCGCGGCACUACUGGGCCUGGGAGGGGGACGAUGGCCCCAAGGGACACCCCUGCAUCGCCCUGGAGGACUCGGCAGGGCGCCGCUGCCACCACCGCCACCGCCACCACCGCCCGCCGGCGCCGCUGCUGCCGCCCCGUCCAGCGCUGGGGACCCCCGAGGGCACCGCCGGGGCGGGGGCGCCGCCAGCAGCGCCCCCCAUGUCAAAGGAGCCCUGGGUGGGCCCCUGGAGACCGCACCGGCCCCGAGUGCCCGUGGCGAUCCGGCUCCUCACCCCCGGGCCCAAGUACGACAUCCCCUCCGGCAUGGGCUGCGACCGCCGCGACCCCUGCAGCCGCCGCGCCCCCGCCUACAGCUUCGGCCUGAGGCUGGGCAGCCCCGAGGCGCCGCGCUCGCCCGGCCCGCAGUACCUGGUGCCCCCCGGCUCCACGGCGCGGGGCCGGGACCGCGUCCCCGGCUUCACCAUGGGCGGCCGCCCCCGCGAGCGGCGCGCCAGCGACACGCCCGGGCCAGCGCACUACGCCCCGGAGCGGGCCACCAGGGCCACCCUGCCCUCCGCCCCCACCUGCUCCCUGAGGUCCCGCAGCCGCGCCGAGAAAGGCCUGCAGACGCCAGGCCCUGCCAGCUACCAGCUGCCGGCCGUGAUGGGCCCUCGCCAGGUGACCAAGGCCUCGGCCCCCCAGUACAGCUUCACAGGGCGAGGCGGCAGCAUCUUCGACGACAAGAAAAGGACCCCGGGCCCCAGCAGGUACCGCACCGUGGACACCGACGUGUACAUGGUGCGGGCCCCGCGCUGCACCAUGGCGGGACGGAGCCGCCCCGCGCCCGCCUCCGACACCCCCGGCCCCAGCGACUACAGCCUCAAGGAGAGCCAGAAACCAGGACAGACCUUCGGCAUACGCUACUCGGAAGCCGUGAUCCCCGUGAUGGACUGGCGCCUGUAGGCGAGCGGGGACGCGGGUGACACCGCCAGCCUGUGCCAAACACGACCUGCAGCAGCAGCA